AUGGCCAACAAGCUCCGCCGCCUCCUCGUCUUCUCCCACGAUAUCGGAAACCCGAGAGUAGGGUUGGUUCUGGGGCAUGCCAGAUCCCUGUCCUCUUCCUCUCCGGCGCCGCCGGAGGCGGAACGGAGAGCAGUAGUUGAGGACGAGAAGAAAGGGGAGGAAAGGAAUGGGCCCGGAUCAGAAGGGAGAAAAGUAGAUGGAGAAGAUGAAGAAGGUGAUGAUGAUAAUGGUGGAGUUUAUGCGAAUAAGGUCACUGGUGAGGUUGGAGGGCCUAGAGGCCCGGAGCCUACUCGAUAUGGUGAUUGGGAGCGCGGCGGCCGCUGCUCGGAUUUUUAG